AUGUCGGAUGACGUUAGCGACAGGGACGCUGUCCCCGCGGACAGCGAGGGCAGCAGGCCCCAGACAGAGGCCAGCGAUGACGCGCGCUUGUUGGAAACGAUGGGAUAUAAGCAAGUCCUCCAUCGAUCCUACACGUUACUGGAGAAUUUCUCGACGACGUUCGCGGCGCUGUACUUCGUCGGCGGUGUCCGUGUCACCUUCAGCACCGGUAUCGCCGGUGGCGGCAACUUGGCCUACUGGACGAGCUACCUCGUCACCAUGGUCUUCUCGUUCAUGACGGCUGCCGUCAUCGCCGAGGUCUGCUCGGCUUCUCCGUCUGCGGGCUCCAUCUACCUCUGGGCUGCCGAGGCGGGAGGUCCCCGGUUUGGCCGACUCUUGGGGUUUGUCGUUGCGUGGUGGAGUACGACGGCCUGGACGACGUUUUGUGCGAGCAACACGCAGGCUGCUGUCAACUACAUGCUAUCGGAAAUAACGGUCUUCAAUCUCAGCUUCCCCACUGACCCUGGCAAUGUCAAAUUCCGAGCCGUGCAAUGGGCCUGCACCGAGGUGCUCCUGGCGUUGGCCGCUCUCAUCAACUUUUUACCACCGAAAAAAUUCCGAUGGGUCUUCUACCUGUCGUCUGCCAUGGUCCUGCUUGACUUCUUCCUCAACCUCAUCUGGCUGCCCAUCGCUGCGCACAACACCUGGGGCUUCCGCACCGCCAAGGAGGCCUUCAUGACGACGUACAACGGCACCGGCGCCCCGCCGGGAUGGAACUGGUGUCUGUCGUACCUCGCGACAGCAGGAAUUCUGAUCGGAUUUGACGCCUCGGGACACGUCGCCGAAGAGACCAAAAACGCCUCUGUGACGGCUGCACGGGGCAUCUUCUGGAGUACGGUGGCCAGCGGGGUUGGCGGGUUGGCUGUCAUUAUUCUGUUUCUCUUCUGCGCGCCCGAUCCCGACACGCUCUUCUCGUUUGGCGCUCCCCAGCCGUUUGUGCCACUGUAUGCGGCCGUUCUAGGGCAGGGAGGCCAUAUUUUCAUGAACAUUGUCUGCAUUGUCGCGUUGUGGUUUAACACCGCCAUCGCCAUCGUCGCCGCCUCCCGUCUCGUCUUCGCCGUCGCCCGUGACGGCGUCCUGCCCUUCUCGGGCUGGGUGUCCAAGGUCUCCGACGAAGGCCAGCCGCGCAACGCGGUCAUCGUCGUCUGGGCCGUCGCCGCCCUGGUGACGUGCACCAUCCUGCCAUCCAGCGUGGCCUUCACGUCGCUGAUCUCGGCGGCGGGCGUGCCGUCGGCGGCCGCGUACGGCCUCAUCUGCCUGGGACGCAUCUUCCUCACGCCCAAGACCUUCCCCAAGCCGAGAUGGAGUCUGGGUCGCUGGAGCAAGCCGUUCCAGUUUAUCUGCAUCUUCUGGAACGGAUGGGUUGUGGCGGUGUUGUACUCGCCGUAUGAGUUUCCUGUGACGGGGGAUACAUUCAACUACGCACCCGUCAUCAUGGGCGGUGUCACUAUCCUCGCCCUGCUCUCGUACUGGCUCACUCCCGAAGAGGCCUGGUUGCCGCGGAACCGCAUCUCGCAUUUUAUUGAGAGUAAGGGGGCUGUCGAGGAGGAGGUGGUUACUCCGAAGUAA